CUGUCACUCUCUACUUGUCCCAUUGUUUCCUUCAGCAUCGACAACAUCGCCAACUCGUAUCAUCAACAAACACCACGCGAUUGAUCAUUUCGUAUCUCGAUUAUAUUCGCAACCCCGGCGCGUUUCAUUGACGAUAUCUCUCACCCGAUCGCGCGUCGAUCACAGCCUCCCUCGCAAUGGACGAGUCCCCCGUGAAAACAGAGGGCGCCACUCGUCAUCGCGCUGGAUACAAAUCAUGGAAGAAGAAGUAUAGAAAGAUGCGCAUCGUGUUCGAUCACAAGAUGCAUGAUGGUGAGGAGUUGCACAAGCAAGAAGACAAGGCUGCUGCAUUGGUCAAGCGCUUGGCUGUAGAGAACGACCGCUUAUUGGACCUAUUGCUCGAAAUCAACAAUUCUCCCCAAAUUCCUCCAGAGAAACAGGUCGAUGUAUCCCUUGAGCCUCCAUCCCAAGCCGAUGCGCUUGUCCAUCCCCUGGAUGAAGAACAUGAGCUACAUAAAGACACACCCAAGAAGAAGCUUGAAGACCUUGUUAAGAGUGUACCACAUUCAUCAUACAGCAGCGCCAAGGAGACAUUACCACAAAUCGUCAACGAUCUCAAGGCUGUCGAUGGCGAAACUUAUCCUGCCGAUUUCUUAUCUGCCGAUGACAUCGACAACUACAUCUACGAAAUCGAUAUGGCCCUCGACCCUGAGAAUAUGCUUCCUACACUCGCUCCCCGCGCUCAUCCCGGCAAUCAUCAUCAAUCACAUCCACAUCUUAAGAAUCCUACAAGUGUGACAAAUUGGCUGCGCAAACAUGCUCCCAAGAUUUUCCUCCAGGACGGAGAAGCACAUGGAGACGCAGACGAUGCUGAAGGUGGUCACACCGGUGGGCGUAAGACGCGUGGGUCACGAGGUGAGCGCGGCGGAAGAGCCAGCACAAGGGGCAAGCGUGUCAGUGCUGCAGCUCGUUCGGCAGCAGCCGCAGAGCGCGACGUGGACGCCAGCAUGGAUGAGGAUCAGGAGCUUGCCUCAACACCUGCUGUUAGGGGCAAGCGCAAGAGGAAUGCAGAAGACGACACGGGAUACAAGCCUCGUGGCUCAUCAACACGGCCAACGAAGAAGAAGCGUAAGAGCGAAGCAGCAGAAGGGACACCAAGCGCACGCAAGUCUAAGAAAGACAAGGAGGCUCCUCUAGCCUCCGCUGAAUAGGUCCGGCAUAGGGCUGAACAGAUACGUCUGUGUCCAGACACGCAACCUUGCCAUGAGAGUACUACUGUUAGAGCGAGAGUAGCCGCUCUCGACUGUAUGGUCAAAGCUUGCAAAAUUGUAUUACUAUCGAAAUCGAAGAACGGAGCCCU